CUUGUCUAAUAUUUAAGCUCAGUACUUGAUCAAUAGGUUUUGUACGUGUUAGUUAGCUAGCUAGAGUUCCUUAAUUCCUUCCUUAAUUGACUGAAACAACACAAUUAACGUGAGACGAUGGAUUCAGGUGGUCUCUUGCGGUGUGAACUAGAGGUUCUGCCCCACGUGCCAACCAAUUUCAUUUGGCCAAAGGAGUACUUGGUGGAUGCACAACACGAGCUCCAAGCACCAGUGGUGGACCUUUAUGGCUUUCUCAGAGGGGAAAACGAGGCUACAAAACAUGCUGCUAAGCUCAUAAGUGAAGCUUGCUUGAAACAUGGCUUCUUCCAAGUGAUCAACCACGGGGUUGAUCCACACCUCAUUCGUCAAGCACAUGAUCAAAUGGACACUUUCUUCAAGCUCCCAAUUCAUAGGAAAUUGAGUGUUCAUAAGACACCCGGUUCCAUGUGGGGCUACUCUGGUGCACAUGCUCAUCGCUUCUCCUCCCAAUUGCCAUGGAAGGAAACCCUCUCUUUCCCAUACCAUGACAACACCUUAGAGCCUGUUGUAACAAACUACUUCAAAUCCACCAUAGGAGAAGACUUUGAACAAACCGGGUAA